GGCCCCCAAAGAGGACAUGCUGCCGCCUGGCUGGGAGGAUCUGAACAGGUAGGUAACAAGGUACCACCAGCCUUGGCACACUUCGCCCUGUGUUUCUUCUUUCCUCUCUGUUCUCCUGCUGCAGUUAGUAAAAGUAACUCUGUUGCCUAUUUCUCUUUCCGGCCUGUUUCCCUACUAAGUAGUACCUAGCUAGGUAUCUACCUGCCUACUAUCUACUACCUAGUAGUUUGGCAGAUGGGGCAGCUCUUUAUGAUGGGAUUUGAUGGAACGUCCGUUAGCCCUCAGAUCCGCUCCCUUAUCGAGAACUACCACUUGGGUUCGGUUUUACUGUCUGCCAAAAAUUUGAAAUCUGCGGAAGAUGCGACGCGACUGGUCCUUGAGCUUCAGACCAUUGCUCGGGAUGCCGGUCAUCCGGUGCCUCUGCUCAUCGCCUUAGACCAAGAAAAUGGAGGCGUGAACAGCCUAUAUGAUGAUAUUUAUAUUCGACAGUACCCUAGCGCUAUGGGAAUUGCCGCAACUGGGUCAAAAGCUCUGGCGCAUGAAGUUGCAACGGCCACAGCCCAAGAGCUCAAAGCUGUCGGUGUCAAUUGGAUCCUUGGCCCUGUUCUAGACGUGUUGACAAACGUACGAACUCAGCCCUUGGGCGUGCGCACCACAGGUGAUGAUCCUCAAGAGGUAUCCCAGUAUGGUGUGGAAUCCAUGAAAGGUUAUCAGAAGGCUGGGUUGGUGACAUGUGGCAAGCAUUUCCCUUCAUAUGGUAAUUUGGAGUUUCUCGGAUCUCAAACGGACGUACCCAUUAUUACCGAGUCACUGGAGCAGCUCAGUCUAACCGCAUUGGUGCCCUUUCGAAAUGCCAUUGUCCAUGGUCUGGAUUCCAUGAUGGUUGGGGGCGUUUCGAUGUCCUCGGCUGGUGUUAACGUGAUGCAUGCCUGUCUCAGUGAGCAGGUAGUUGAUGAUCUUCUGCGGAAGGAUUUGAAAUUCGAAGGCGUAGUCGUCUCAGAGUGCCUGGAAAUGGAAGCACUUACACAUAAUAUCGGCGUCGGCGGCGGAACGGUGAUGGCGAAAAACGCGGGCUGUGACAUCAUGCUCCUCUGCCGGUCAUUCCAAGCGCAGCAGGAGGCCAUCAAUGGCUUAAAGCUCGGCGUCGAAAAUGGCAUUAUUGGUCGAAUGCGCAUAGAGCAGUCAUUGCGCAGAGUCCUCACCCUUAAAUCGAAGUGUACGUCUUGGGAGCAGGCCCUCAACCCCCCCGGUCUUCCUUCUCUCAUACAGAUGCAACCAUCCCAUACCAACCUCUCCAAGAGGGCAUAUAACAGCUCCAUAUCGGUUGUACGGGAUAAGAAGGUUCUCCUGCCCCUUUCCAACAUUGUUGAACCGAACGAAGAGUUGCUCCUUUUGACCCCGUUGGUAAAACCGCUUCCCGCUUCCGCCGUGUCUCGCUCUGUGACUGAGCAUUCGAAUAUGUCCCUCGACCCAAUCGCCUGGGAUCGGACGGCUUCAGUACUCAGCGGUGAAAGUGUGUUCAAGGAGCUCGGGAGGUCUCUAUCCCGGCAAAGAAGUGGCCGUGUCCUUCACACAUCCUACACUGCUAACGGCGUCCGCCCGAUUCACGAAAACCUCAUAGACCGGGCUAGUGCAAUCAUCGUCGUCACUGCAGAUGCCAACAGAAACCUGUAUCAGCAUGGUUUUACUAAACAUAUCUCCAUGAUCUGUAGGUCGCAGUUUUCUCCUUCUGGGGAGCCUUGUGAAAAGCCUCUUGUUGUCGUCGCUGCUAGUUCUCCGUACGAUUUCGCGAUGGAUCCGUCCAUCGAAACAUAUGUUUGCACCUAUGAUUUCACUGAGACAGCUCUGGAGGCCCUGGUUAAAGUUCUAUACGGGGAGCUGAACCCCGUCGGUUCGCUGCCAGGUUCUAUCAGCCGCAGUCAGAAGCUUCAUCAGGCCAGACAACACUGGCUAGUGGAAAAUUGGAAUGAGGAUAGGGACGCACAUGCUCUAGAUUCCCUUUUGACAGCCGUCAGAGAGGAUUGCGGGCAGGGGCAACGGUCUGAGUUGUUGGGCGUAACAUCGAGUAGCUUCCUGCUCCGGCGGGAAGAGAUUGAUGAAGCGCAUUUUGUUGUCCGGAAUAGCAGUACACAGGCCCUGUACGGAUUCUGUUCCACAUAUUCCUUCCGGUCUACAGGCACCGGCGUCAUUGGAUCCUUGAUAGUUCACCCUGCGAGGCGAAAGCUGUCGAUUGGUAAUUCACUCCACAACCGGGCUAUCCGAACCCUUCUUCAGCGACAAGGGAUGAAAAGGUUCCAACUAGGCUCUCGACUACCUGGAAUAUAUCUAGGUAUCCCAUCGGCGAACCCAGUAGAGCGGAAGAGGUUGCGGCAGUGGUUUGCAAACUUGGGUUGGAAUACCGCUCUUUCACGGCCUGUUUGCAGCGUGGUGCUGCGCAACCUGCCUUCCUGGGUGCCGCCCGAUGGACUUAUUCACGGACUCCAGAGCCCAGACGUGGCCUAUGACCUUGUUUAUGGAUGGGAUUACGCUGAAUCCAUUCUUCACCAUGUCAAGACCAACUCGCGACAAGGGGUAAUAGACAUAUACAGAGUAGCACUGGGGGGGGCACCGAAUUGUGGAAUCAUUCGGGCAACACGGCCCAUUGACGGGGCUAUCCUGGGCAGUGUAGUCGUAUACAAUGGACAAGCAGUUUUGGCGGAGCAUAUGCCGGUAUUGAGGUCUACGCAGGUCUUAGCAGGCGGCAUCUCGUCGCCAGUCAUUUCACCAUCAGUGGGCGAGUACGCUACGGUCAUGCAGGGGUUGAUUCUGCUGGGGAUUAAGCAAGUCCGGAAGCACGGCGCUGAGGCUGUAAUUAUGGAUUGUGUAAGUGACCAUUCCUCUCCUGGCUUGUUUGCAGUGGAGCCUUCCAUGUUGACAGAUUGAGAUGUAGGUUGACGGCGACAGCAAUUUCGAUUGCUUGUCAGGGAUGGGCUUCGUCACUCUGCACAGCUU